AGCAGAGAGAGGACUGUUUGAAGGACACGGAACGCGGAAUAUUGGGCUAAACAAUCUUUAGCCAUGCCGAGAGGAAGCCGGAGCCGCACAUCUAGGGUAGCCCCCCCAGCCAGUAGAGCACCAGCAAUGAGACCAGCACCCCCUCCUGCUGCUCACCCACCUGCCCCUGUUGCUCAGGCUCCUUCUGCCCUUGGUCCAGCAGCAGCAGCACCCAGACAGCCAGGUCUCAUGGCCCAAAUGGCUACAACUGCUGCAGGGGUGGCUGUGGGCUCUGCAGUGGGACACACAAUAGGCCAUGCAAUUACUGGUGGUUUUGGUGGAGGAAGCAGUGCUGAGCCAGCAAGGGCAGAUAUUACAUACCAGGAACCAGCACAGCCUAUGUAUCAGCAACAGCAGCAAUCUCAGUAUACACCUUGUCAGUAUGAGAUGAAGCAAUUUCUCGAAUGUGCGCAGAAUCAAAGUGACCUAAAACUCUGUGAGGGAUUUGGAGAAGUUCUUAAACAAUGCCGCUUUGCAAAUGGCUUAUAACAAACCUGGACAUGAAGAAGAAAUGUAUGUAGAUGAGCAUGGUGCGGAGGAAUUGACCUGUGAUGUCCAGUUAAUUCAGUUAAUUGCAUAAGGCUUUAGUCUGAUGGCACAUAGGCAUCUUCCCCAACAGCAUAUCUCAGCCAACAUAAACAUUAUUGAAACUGCACCUGUUGCCUCCUAUUUACGUAGAUGGAAAAUGCCCGACAGAGCCUUUAAAGGGGUUAUUUAUCAAUUUUCGAGUUUGUGAAUUGAAUUUUGUUUUUCUAAAUCGAAUAAACGUGCAUAUUGAUUGGUUGCUUAUUUAUUAAUAAGGAAAACUCGUUCAAAUAAAAAAACUUGAAUACUUUGAGCUUGCAAACUUAAAGAACUUGAAAAAUUAGAGUUUGAAAAUAUGGCUUGACUUGGCCUAGGACUACUCCCAUUGACUUUGCCAUUUAAAGCUUGCAAGUUUCUAUAUAAGUUUUUUUUCGAGUUUUUGGGUUUAUUGCACUUAAUAAAUACCAGUUUUUGGUUUUUGAACCUCAACUCGAAUUGUGCAGUUUUAGCUCUAAAAAAAAACCCAAUUUGUGAACAAAAAUCAAAAUCUAACGUUAAUAAAUCGCCCUCUUUAUGGUGCUUUCAAUCAGAAGCUACAGUGAACAUCUUCAGGUUGUCAAUGUGCACAUUCAAUGACUGAGACAGCAGGAACAUUUUAGGGCAAUUCUCCACCUUUAGCUCAAUUAUGUUGGUCGAGAAAAUUGUCAAUAUGCUAUCAGCCUUAACCUUGUCUUAAAUCUAAUCCACUCAACUAUUUUGACCAGAAAAAUAACAGCUGGUGGGGAACAUCUGGAAAUAAAAAAUGCACUAGGUGAUUGUGGCUAUGACGACUGCAUUUUGGCCAGUGAGUUGUUUGUUGCUGUUGAUUAUAGCAUUUCUUAUUUUGAAAUAAACUAUUUCCAUGUUAAAA